CGAGCCGAUGAGCGAAGACGACCGGCCCACCGAAGAAGAAUACGCCUCUUCAGGCUCAGAAAUGGGCUUAGGGAGGCUGUACUUCGAACGGGAGGGUAAGUACCACACACAACAGCGUAAGUAUUCCGAAAGGGAACUUUUGUGCGAAAGCAAAGAAGACCCAGACAUAACGCUAACAGUUGAUGCAUCUUCUACAGAUAAACCUUCAUCACUGUAAAGAAGCCUGCCUUGCCCUCCUGGAGCGUCUGGCAGAAGAUCAGCCGGACGUAGUCCUCAUCCAGGAACCCUGGGUACGGAAUGGCGAAAUCUGCGGUCUGAGGACAUCAGGAUAUAAAGUAUACAAGACCAAUGGUGAAGGUACUAAAAGAGCAUGCAUAAUGGCAAAAGCACAUCUUAAUAUAUUUAUGAUUCAAAAUUUCAGUAACGCAGAUACUACGACGGUUAGCUGGGAAGUGAGCGGAAGCAACAUCUGGCUAACCUCGUUCUAUUUUGCCGGAGACGACACAGGUCCACUGCCGUCGCCGCUAAUAAGAAGUCUUGUGGAAGACUGCAAAGCACACAACCGCAAACUAGCCCUAGGAGGUGAUGCCAAUGCCCACCAUACCGUAUGGGGGAGCUCGGAUACAAACGAACGAGCUUCUUACAAGCAAAAAGAAAACAAGAAAUUAGUAAAAUCAGACGAAGCAGCGCGUAACCGAAAGCAACACCAGAAGCGAGGCAAAAGUGCAAAUAAAAUCAGUUGUUCAGUGAUCUCAUCACCGCAAAAACAAAUUAUUUUAAACCGGCUGAGGCGUACACGAAUUUUGCUUUUCCUUUUACAUAGCUAUAAAUAGUAAACAACCACUGAGAAAUGUUGCUCUUAAAAUCCGUUCGAAAAGCGCCAACCCUGGUUAGUACAACAACAGCCAGAAUUAGUGGCCCAAGUCUAGUGGCAAGUCUUGAACAACACAGGAACUUGAUUCUUACAAACAAAGUAUUGUCCAAUGGAUUGACCGGUGCACCGACAGCCGUUCGUUUCUAUGCGGAUGAUGCCAAGCGGGAACAACAGAGCUCCAGAUCGACACCAAAUGCCCCAGCCCUCAGUUUGCCAGAUCGUAAACAAGUAGAAAGAUUCUUUUUUCGUGUGCUUGCACUUAUUUGGGAUAUAAGCGUAUGGACUUAUUUUAAUACCAAAAAAGCUAUUGAUACCCACAUUGUAGCCAAUGAUUCCGUACAAUGGUAUUGGAGGCGAUUGCAUGAACGAAUGGAGCAGGCUAAGAAGGAGUGGUGAAUUGUGUGUCGAUUUCGAAGAGCCUGAAACAUUUACACAUUUACAUUUAUAAAUGUCGACAAGAAGACAUUGUCACUCAUUAUUUUUAUGUGAAGUUCACUUUCAUUUUUAGUUAGCUAUUACAUAUUAUGUAUUUGAGUGGACGAUCUUAAUAUUUAGUACUCAUGUUACAAUUUUUAAUAUUAAA